AUGGCAAUCAUGUUGCCUCGCAUUAUCAAAAGCAGGUUUUAUGGCCAUCGUGUUUUUCACACGUAUUGCCUUGACAAAAAUGAUUCUGGAAGAUUGGAUUACGUAAUAUGCCAUGAUGAGGUCAACAUGGAAUACGGUAGUUAUUAUUGUACGAAGUGCAAUAUCAUAUUGCAUGUGAAUUGUGCAGUGGGAGAUUCAUCUUUGUUUUAUGCUAUUUCACCAGAAGAUGAAGAUGAGAAGCCUCUUGAUGUAUCUUUCAACUCUACUGAUGUUCUUAACGGGAAUGAUGCAGGAGAAGCCACGAUAAUAGAGCAUUUCAAGCAUAAGCACUACUUAAUUCUAAGUGAUAAAUGUUGUGAUGGGUGCAUGUUGCCGAUCUUGGCUUCAUUCUGCUAUUGCUCUCAGUGUGAAAUCUUUCUUCAUAAAGAAUGUGCCGAAUUACCAAAGAUGAAGCCUAUUUGGCAUCAUGAUUGCCAAUUAUCUGCCCUUGUCCUUUCAGACUACAUUUUCAGAUGCAAAAAAUGUAAGUUCGUUUCUAAUGGCUUUGCCUAUAAAUGUAAUGAAUGUGAAGAGCACAUUUGCCUUCGAUGUGCAACUCUUCCUCCUGAUGCUCUAACAUGUCCAGGACAUGAACACCCCCUUCUUUUCUAUAAUGAUUUUGGCGGGCAAUGCAGUGCUUGUGCUAACAAUAUAACAACGGCAUUCGGCUGCAAGGAUUGCAAUUAUUCAGUAGAUCCUUGGUGUAUUCGACUACCAAGUAGAGCUGGACGCGAAUGCAAUAUAUAUCUUCUUUCACUCACUUAUCCGGAGAACGUGAGUGCAACUGUCAUGUCCAUUUGA